UGAACGAUUGGACUCAAGAUGAGAAUUAAGUAAACAGAUCUGGAGUCGGUAGUUUGAGAAAGAAGUGCAAGUGGGGUUGGAAGGAAACUGCUCAGUUCUCGGUGCCGUCAGGUGGACAGAUUGUUGUUAGAGAACGUAAGGUAGUCUAUUUUGGUUAUUAGAGCAUUUUGGGAACUGUAACAGUUAGCUAACGUUAGCUGGCGUCAGUCUAUGCUCAAGUGCAAUAUUAGUUACAGAGGAAUCCAAACACCAGAGACGCGUAUUUACAGAGUUACUGUAUAACACUACGACUCUGUCCAGCAAGAGGUAGUGGUUCUCACAUGAUGUUUCCAGCCGGCAGGAUUUCGCUGCAAACUCGGCAGUGUGCGCGGGUGUUGAAGACCCUGCGAGGUGACUGCCUCCCGGCACAGAGACUGUCGUCCACUUCGGCCCCGGUGCCGCGUAUCACAACACACUACACAGUCUACCCGAGGGAAAAAGACCCACGAUGGGAAGGGGUGGAGAUGGAGCGUUUUGCAGACGAGGCCGAUGUAGUGAUUGUGGGAGGGGGCCCGGCGGGCCUGUCGGCUGCGAUUCGGCUGAAGCAGCUGGCUAACGAGCGGGGUGCAGAGCUGCGUGUGUGCGUGGUGGAGAAGGCCUCACAGAUCGGAGCCCACACCCUCUCCGGGGCCUGUCUGGAGCCCAGCGCCCUCACUGAGCUCUUUCCCGACUGGAAGGAACGAGGAGCCCCUCUGAAUACGCCUGUGACAGAAGACAAGUUUGGAAUUUUAACAGAAAAAUAUAAAAUCCCUGUUCCAAUAAUUCCUGGGCUUCCAAUGAACAACCAUGGUAACUACAUUGUCCGCCUGGGCCAUUUCGUACGGUGGCUGGGGGAGCAGGCUGAGGAGCUUGGGGUAGAACUGUACCCUGGGUAUGCUGCUGCCGAGGUACUGUUUCAUGAGGAUGGAAGUGUGAAAGGAAUCGCUACAAAUGAUGUAGGGAUUUCCAAAGACGGUUCACCUAAGGAUGUGUUUGAAAGGGGCAUGGAGCUUCAUGCAAAAGUUACAGUAUUUGGGGAAGGCUGCCAUGGGCACUUGGCCAAACAGCUAUACAAACAGUUCAACCUGAGGGAGAAGUGCCAGCCUCAGACCUACGCCAUUGGACUAAAAGAGGUGUGGAUCAUUGAUGAGAAGAAGUGGAGACCUGGCAGAGUUGAGCACACAGUUGGCUGGCCACUGGACAGGAACACAUACGGAGGAUCUUUCCUGUACCAUCUGAAUGAAGGGGAGCCACUAGUGGCCUUAGGUUUUGUAGUUGGUUUGGAUUAUCAGAACCCUUACCUUAGUCCCUUCAGAGAGUUUCAGAGGUGGAAACAUCACCCUUCUGUUGCUCCAACUCUGGAGGGAGGAUCCCGCAUCGCAUACGGGGCAAGGGCACUCAACGAGGGCGGAUUCCAGUCCUUGCCCAAGCUCACGUUUCCUGGAGGACUGCUGAUAGGAUGCAGCCCUGGAUUCAUGAACGUCCCCAAGAUCAAAGGCACCCACACGGCCAUGAAGAGUGGCAUGCUGGCUGCAGAGGCCAUCUUCCAGAAGAUAACAGAUGAAAACCUGCAGUCUGAGACAGCAGGAAUCCAUGUGCCUGAGUAUGAAGAGACCUUGAAAAAGUCCUGGAUUUGGAAAGAGCUGUAUGCUGUGAGGAACAUCCGGCCUUCAUUCCACAAUUAUUUUGGCCUUUACGGAGGAAUGAUAUACACGGGGAUAUUUUACUGGAUCUUCAGAGGCAAAGAGCCAUGGACAUUGAAACAUGCUGGGGCAGACUCUGCUCAGCUGAAACCAGCAAAGGAUUGCACCCCAAUCGAGUACCCCAAACCGGAUGGCAAGCUCAGCUUUGACCUUCUGUCCUCCGUUGCACUUAGUGGGACAAACCAUGAACAUGACCAGCCCCCACACCUCACUCUCAAGGACGAUAGCGUACCUGUUGCCCAAAACCUGGCUAUCUAUGAUGGGCCAGAACAGCGUUUCUGUCCUGCAGGUGUGUAUGAGUUUGUUCCUCUGGAGUCUGGAGAUGGCAUGAGGCUGCAAAUUAACGCACAGAACUGUGUUCACUGCAAGACCUGUGACAUCAAAGAUCCCAGUCAGAACAUUAACUGGGUGGUGCCAGAAGGAAGUGGGGGACCCGCCUACAACGGCAUGUGAUCUUUUGAAGACCGCGCACUGGGCUGCCACUACGAUGGUUAGGGCUGCCCUAACCAUGUGGUAUGUUGCUUUUCUCACUCCAUUGAUCUAGACAACCUGUCACACGCAAAAGCAGUGUGAAAGAGAAAAGCAAUACGCCCACACUUUGGACAAAUCUAACCUUAUCAUGUGCCUAGUUUCUGAACAGAAAGUUAUCAUUUUAACAGUAUGGGCAGGAUGAGCGGAAUCUGAGUUUCUAAGUUGAAUGUUGAAUCAACUUAGACAAGUUAUGUUCGCAGAAAAUUGGACGGAACUGUAUGUGGAUUGGGCGUGGGGGGUAAGAUGUGAAAUGGUAACUGAUGUGAAUGAUCUGCUUGUUUUUAGCUCGCUUCUACUGACUAACUACCAGACACCUGCAGAUAUUGUAAUAUGUAAAUGAUUUUAUGAACUAUUGAAGGUACUGUUCUCAGCACAUAAGCUCUAUUGUAUACAUACACAAUAGUGCUUAUGUCGCAUUCAAAGCAUUGGUUUCAGUAGAGCUACAUAAUGU